GUGAACAUGUCAGUCUGCAAAGAUAAUCCUUUUGGGCAUUGCUUCUUUUCUGUGCAGAUAGACAGCCAGAAACCUUCACUGAAAAUCAGCCGAACUUCAACUGAACAUUUGCCGAGCACCAGGAUCAAAGGCAGUGAUCUCAGUCCAAAUCUGUCAUGGCCAACAGCAAAAUGGCAAAUAAGGUAAACCAACGAUCUCCAUUGACUCAGAAGAGUGGAAGUCAACUGUGGGUCUUCACCAUCGUCAUCCUUGAACUAAUGCUUCUAGAGAGAAUCCAUGGCUGGACCUAUGAAACUAUUGAAGAAAAUAUGCCCUGGGACAAUGCAAGAAGCUACUGUCAACAAAAAUACACAGAUCUAGUUGCAAUCCAGAAUGCAAAAGAAAUUGAGUAUUUGAAUAAAAUCCUACCUUUUUCAAAAUCUUACUACUGGAUUGGAAUAAGAAAAAUAAAUGGCAGUUGGACAUGGGUUGGUACAAAUAAAACUCUCACCAAAGAAGCAGAGAACUGGGCAUUUGGUGAGCCAAAUAACAAAGGAGAAAAUGGCAAUGAAGACUGUGUAGAAAUAUACAUAAAAAGAUCUGCUGAUACCGGGAAAUGGAAUGAUAUCAACUGCAAAAGCAGGAAAAGACCUCUGUGUUAUGAAGCUUCAUGCACUCCUACUUCAUGUAGUGCUCAUGGACAAUGUGUGGAGGAAAUCAACAAUUACACAUGUAUAUGUAACGAUGGAUACUAUGGACGAGACUGUGAAUAUGUUGAACAGUGUACCACCCUCAAUGUUCCUGACCAAGCAACGAUGAGCUGCACGGAUCCUAAUGGAAAUUUCAGCUUCAGCUCGACGUGUGACUUCCACUGUGCUGCAGGGUUUACACUGCAGGGCUCACAGAGGCUCCAGUGCAAUGCAACAGGAAUGUGGACAGCGAUGACCCCCCACUGUGAAGUUCAGAGAUGUGGAGAGCCUGAGGUACACGAGCAAGGAUUUAAGAAGUGCUCUCAUCCCAUUGGAGAUUUCAGUUACAACUCAACGUGUGACUUCAGCUGUGCUGAAGGGUUUGAGCUCCGAGGAUCAGACAGACUGGAGUGUGGAGCAUCAGGAGAAUGGUCAGCAUCGAUUCCCAGCUGUGAAGCUAAAAAAUGUGCAGCUCUAGAAGUUCCCACACAUGGAUUCAAGGAAUGCUCUCAUCCCAUUGGAGAUUUCAGUUACAACUCAACAUGUGCCUUCAGCUGUGCUGAGGGGUUUGGGCUCCGAGGAUCAGUCAGACUGGAGUGUGGAGCAUCAGGAGAAUGGUCAGCACCGAUUCCCAGCUGUGAAGGUAAUGCUCCAUAUAUAUCUAUUUUAACUGCAUCUGUUACUGCAUCUGGUAUCUCUGCUUUGACAUUGAUAGCCUGGAUAGCAAGACAACUCAAAAAGAAAGCACAAGCAGAGAAGUUUUCACUUUUAAGCAAUGAAAAACAGAAUUUACCAAGAGAAACUUACACAGCAUAUGAGGAGGUGUAGGGCAGCAUGUGUUGAGGUCUUUGACAGUUUUUUGUAAACAAGAGAAAAACAAGAAUUUUCAAGAUCGUUCAUUUUGCAGCUUCAACAUUGCAAGACCUUGGUACCAUUUAUGAACAGGUGGAUCUCCUCUUCCAUCAGAAUUCAGUUCAUUUAUUUGACAGCAAUGUUCCAUCUGUCAGAAUUACAAAUGCAAAUAAUAAGGCACUAAACUUUACUACCCAAUUCAUCAUGUAAAGUUACCCAUACUUGUGAUGUGUGUUUACAAUCACAGGAUUAAAUGAAAGCCUGUACCUAUACAUUAAUGAUAAACUUGUCACUUUUUACAAAGGCUAACUAGAGAUGUGAUGACAAUGGACAGUUUUAAAAUGAAGCACUUCCACUUAAAGGAGACAGUAGUCCGAUGAUUGGUAUCUAGUUCUUUGUUAGAUCAGUGAUAAAUUGUCAGAAUAGUUUACAAUCUGCUAUGAUUUUGUACAAUUUGUUUACUGCAUAGAAUAUGUGCAUUACCGAAGGCUUCGGUCACUGGUAUAGAAAAUACAAAUACACUAAAGGAUAUGCUGAGUUGUCAUGUGUAGAAACAACUAUCACUAGUAACACAAGCAAACACUCCAGAUUGCCGUUUACAUCACACAAUGCUUUCAAUGAAGGCACUAAACCAGCCUUUAUCCAGACCUGCUCCUUAGCCUCUGUUUCAAGUCUCAGAUUAGUUCCCCAUUUUAUUUUCCUUUGUUCCAAAUCUCUCCCCAGUGGUUUGCUCUGAUAGAACUCCCAAAGUCAGAAGUUUGAUGCUUUAAGUCCAUUACAGCAUAUUUUAAGAUUUAUAAAAGCUAUCUUCAACAGACCUAAAAUUCUGUUUCAAAAUUAAUUGGUUACAACACUCGCGGAAAGAAGGAUUUAAUUAUUAAUAAUAAAGAAGGUAAUAUUGAGAACAACAAACUGGAUAGUAAAAUAGUCAAACCCCUUACUGCCAAUAAAUUGAAGAAUGACAUUUAUCAGAUAUUAUAGUAUAAACAACCUAAAUGAUUCUUUUAAGAAUCAAAGUGAAUAUUCACAAUGAACACUGAAUGUAUAGUAUUAUUCUGUACGUUUUAUCCACUCUCCAUAUCUGUAUAUGUUGGUUACACAUUUGUGUUCACAUUUUUAUUUAUUAUCGGUUUAUUUAAUUACUCCCUAUGGCUGAGAUAGUGUAUGAAAGGUGAAUGUUAGAUUUGUAUCAUCAUCUCAUCGGGCAAACUGCAGUUACGGCGUGAUUUCCGUUGUGACUUUCUGUUAUCUAUAUGGCUCUAUACCUGUGUAUGACAUGAUGUUACUAUGAUCUGUUAACAUAGAGCUAUAUCUCACUUGCAAUUCAUGAGUUGUUCAAAUGCAUUUUUGUUUUGGAGAUCUGAUAGAAAUUGGAUAAUCCAUUAAUGCACCAAGUUCGUCCCUCUCAAUCUAAAAGCUAAUUAUGAAGUAACCUUGUGUGAAAAUUACAGAACAAAUAAAUUGACCAUAACAUAAUGCAUUUAGGCAUUUAGCUGCCCCACGCCCCAUACAUUUUUGUGAGAGUAAUUCAACAAGAUUGUAGAUAAGCUGAUAAAAACAAAUCUAUGUGGAAGAAAGACACCAGUUAGAGAAAAUGUUGCAGCACGAACACUGUUCGUAAAAUAUUGCACAUGGAAAUUUAAAAUUGUUCCAUUCUGCAGCAGUGCUUUUCCUCACAAAAUAAAUACAUAUACGUAAAAAAGUACACAGAUUGGAAAACUUCAUUGUAUCAUUUUACAUAAUGCUCACCAGAAAGUAUGAAAGAGGAAAGUGUUUAAGAUGUUUCUAAUAUAUUUUCGAGAUGUCCACAUUAAUAAAUUAACAUAAUUGUACAUGUAUAUUAUAUAAUUUAUUUGUAUAUCUGUUGUUGA